AUGGCCUCAGAAGCACAAAGUGAGGAUGCAGAACAUGCAGCUGAGCCUCCUGCAGCUCCUGUGCAGAGGGACAGAACAUUCCAGUGGGGAGCCAUCCUUGCUGCAGUGAAAGACCAGCUCCCAUCCCUGGAUUCUGACUCCUCCACAUCUGAUUGUGAGAGUGAUGAGGAGCUUUUCAUCUUCCAGCGGGACCUGCCAAACCUAAUUCCGGACCUGUCGGAAGAGCUGAUGAUGUUUGCUCUAGAAGACUCCCAGGAGCAGCAAAUCCAGGAGACACAAAGACUUCCAUGGGAGAUCUGGAACAGAGACCUGGAAAAUUUUGACUUCCAGGAAAAAACAGAUGGUGCCCAAAUCACUGCAAAAGAAGAUGUACAAAUGAUUAAAGAUGAGGCUCCUGAACCUGCCAGCCACACUGAAGAAAUGCCAAACCAAAAGAGAGCUGUUCUUGAAGAGCCUCCCUCAGAUUCCACAGAUGACCUUGAGGAGAAAGAAAUGGGCAGGACACAGGCCAAGGAAAGAGGGAACUCCUGGCUUAACACAGCAGUGUCUGUGGAUGAGCUGUACAAUAAAAAGGAGAGAAAAAAGCUGAUAGAGACAAAGAUACUCUCCAAGGUCAUUGUGAAGCCAUCCCCAAAGCAGGAUGUCAAGCCUCCCUCCCAUGGCAUCACCAACAUUCUAGGAAGUCUUGCAAAGGAAGAAACCUCAGCUGAGCGUCUUGGAGAAGUGACCCAUUUGUCAUUGCAGGCAAGUGGCCCUCAAAUAAAGCUUUGAGGGGUGCUGCAGUGGGGUGGGGGCACAGAGCAGUGCCUGCACA